AUGAAGCUCUAUCACUUUGAAAGCAAGCCCGUGGCCCAUCCCGAUGCUGUCGUUGCGGGGCCUCACUAUCGCUUUACCAUCCUAACCGACCGUCUGAUCCGGUACGAAUGGUCCUACGACGGCAAAUUUGAAGACCGAGCCUCCACCUUCGCCAUUAACCGCGAGUUCCCCGUGCCCAAGUUCCAAGUAGUCGACAGGGCCGAAGAACUCGAGAUCAUCAACGAGCAUUUCCACCUGAGCUACGACAAGAAGCGGUUCAGCGCCAGUGGGCUCUUAUGCAGCUUCUCAGCCAAAGUCACCCUGUGGGGUGCACAGUGGCGGUUUGGUGCUCAACCCAGCCAUGGCAGAAGAGAGAAUCUUGGCGGAACGGCCAGGACGUUGGACGAAGUUGACGGGCGAUGUGACAUGGGAAACGGUGUGCUGUCGAGAUUUGGUUAUGCCGCUCUAGAUGACAGUAAGUCGAUGCUGUUUGAUGGCCAGGGCUUCGUGGCUGGUCGACGACCCGGUGAUCGGAUUGAUGGAUAUCUCUUCUGCCAUGGUCAUGAUUACAAGGGUGCUAUCAGGGAUUUCUACGCGGUAAGCGGCAAACAACCGCUACUCCCACGAUGGGCUCUGGGAAAUUGGUGGUCAAGGUACUACAAAUACCACCAGGAUGAGUAUAUCGGCUUGAUGGACAAAUUCAAGAGUCACGAUGUCCCCUUGUCGGUCGCGGUCGUGGAUAUGGAUUGGCACAUGGUGGAUGAUCCUCGAGUACCCCAUGCCGGGUGGACCGGUUAUACUUGGGACAAGAAGUUAUUCCCAGAUCCCGCGACGUUUGGACGAGAGCUUCACAGUCGGAAUCUGAAAAUCACCCUCAACGACCAUCCGCACUCUGGCAUCCACGCGCACGAAGACUCGUACGAGGAGAUGGCCAAGUUCCUGGGCCACGACAUCUCAAAGAAGAAUCCUAUUUUGUUCGAUCCGACGACUCCCAAAUUCAUGGAAGCAUAUUUGAACAUUCUUCAUCGAAGCAUUGAAAGGGUUGCCUGUGACUUUUGGUGGAUUGACUGGCAACAGGGUUCUCAUACCAAAGUGCCAGGAAUCGACCCUCUGUGGUUACUCAAUCAUUUCCAUUUCCUCGACAACGCACUCGGCGGCAAACGUCCGCUCAUCUUUUCACGAUACGCCGGCCCAGGCAGUCAUCGCUAUCCCGUCGGCUUUUCGGGGGAUACGGUGACGACAUGGGCUUCGCUGGAGUUCCAACCCGAGUUCACGGCCACAGCUUCAAAUAUUGGCUAUGGCUGGUGGAGUCAUGACAUCGGUGGCCACUUUCAUGGAAAGCGUGACGACGAGCUGGUGACAAGAUGGGUGCAAUUUGGUGUCUUCAGCCCUAUCAUGCGUCUGCAUUCCUCCAACUCGAGGUGGACGUCCAAGGAACCCUGGCUGUAUCGUAAGGAGAGUGGAGACAUCAUCGAGGGAUUCAUGCGUCUUCGUCAUCGCAUGAUCCCCUAUCUUUACAUGUGCAAUGUCCGCGCCUCUACUGACGACGAACCGCUCAUGCAGCCAAUGUAUUGGCUCUUCCCUGAGAGCGCUGAGGCUUACCAGGUGCCUAAUCAGUACUUCUUUGGCUCAGAACUUAUUGUUGCGCCAAUCGUGAAGCCGCGGGACAAGCGCACGAAUUUGGCAUGCGUCAAGGUCUGGUUGCCGCCUAUGCAUCGCCAUGUGGAUGUCUUCACUGGCACAGUCUACGACGGGAACAGGGAGUUGAACAUGUACCGCCCAUUGCAUGAAAUCCCUGUGUUGGCACAUGAAGGUAGCAUCAUUCCUCUGGAUGCAAACAAGAGGCCAGAAAAUGGUGGUCUCAAUCCAGAACACUUCGAGGUUCUUGUGGUAAUCGGACGCAAUGGCAAAACUUUGGUCCUCGAGGAUCCAGCAGACGACUCGCUGCAAGUGGAAAAAGAGGGGCCUCAAACAGGUGAGCGUGGUUCACCUAUCUACUAUGACCAAGCGAAAGGCGAACUCACGGCCUAUGUCACGGGUCGAACAUGGAGCUUCCGUUUCCUCGCCGUCACCGAGAGACCCAAGGAUCUGAAAGUCACGGUUGACGGUCAAGACCGCACCAAAGAAACCGAAGUCUCCAUUUCAAAGUUCCCAGACACCCCUUCGAUGCUGGUGCAUGUCCCUCCCGCGCAACACAUGUACCACGCCAUCAGCAUAUCCCUGGGCAGCGAUCCGCAAUUAAGUGUGUUGGACCACAAGGAACGAAUCGAGAAGCUGUUGCUAGAUUAUCAGACCGAGUUCGAGAUAAAGGACAAGAUAUGGAGCAUUGUGGACGAUAGAAACAGCGCAAUCAACGUCAAGAUUGGCAUGUUGAUGAGUCUGAGCGUCGAUGAGACUUUAACAGAACCGAUUGCGGAAUUGAUUUUAAGCGAUGUUAGAGGGAUGCAUUUGUGA